AUUACAUAUGUAUUUAAAUCUACUCUAAACUUAAGAGUAUUAAGGGAAAAUAAAUCGUUACAAGGAAACGAUUUCAUCAUUACCACUUACAAACGUGCUAAAAGAAUGCGCUAAUAGUUUGCGCUCUUCUGCACAGCGUCUGUGGAUGAUUGUCGCAGAUACAAUCGAAACGUUACGUAGAAAUAGCGCUGAAAAAGUACCUGUGACAAUUAAAAGCCGGUUUUAAACAUUUCCAUAGAACCAAGUGGUAAUUAAUAUUAAUGGCUUUUCUCGAAGUUCACGUUCUUACAGGUAAUGCAAAGACAUUGACUAAUUGUCAGAUUUGAAAUUUCCUUAAUGAUCCUAAUAAUUUAUUUAUUUUUAAAGGAUUUUAGUGGAGAUUAAUGGAAGUUUCGUGAUAUGCAUUCUGAUGAAAACCGAGAAAACAGAGCCCUACAAAUAAAUUUACUCAAUAAAAAACUAUUUUGUACAUGUGAGUUCUGGCAGCUCCUUUGUUUAACUGAACAAUGGCAGAGAAUCAAACAAAAUUCACGUUGCUUCCUAAAAUUUUAAAUGGAGGCAUAGCAGGAAUCGUGGGAGUUGCAUGCACUUUUCCUUUGGACUUGGUAAAAACUCGGCUUCAAAAGCAAACCGUGGGACCGGGCGGAAGAAAACUGUAUAACAGUAUAUUUGACGCUUUUUCAAAAAUAUAUGUAAGCGAAGGUUUACGAGGAAUGUACAGAGGUGCUGGAGUUUUAAUACUCUUAGUAACGCCUGAAAAGGCUGUCAAGCUAGCUGCUAAUGAUUAUUUCAGAUUCCACUUGAAAGACGAAAACAACAAAAUAUCUGGAUUUCGGCAGGGAUUAGCGGGUGCCUUAACCGGUGUAGUCCAUGUCUUUGUUACGACUCCAAUGGAACUUUUAAAAAUCCAGCUGCAAGAUGCUGGCCGAGUUGCAGCAAUAGAAGGGAAAAUUGAUCCAACAGGAGGCAAAAGCAUGAUUCCAACGAUAUCAGCCACUAAAAUCACCACAGAUAUAAUUAAGAACAAAGGUAUAAGAGGGCUUUAUAAAGGCCUGGUUGCAACCUGGGCUCGAGAUAUACCUUUCUGCAUGGUGUAUUUUCCAUUGUUCGCUAAAAUCGAUUCUUUAGGGCCGAGAAAAGCGAAUGAAUCAGGAGAUGCAAAAUUUUAUUGGUCUUUCUUGGGUGGAUUGGCUGCAGGUGCGACCAGUGCUUUCAUAAUGACUCCUUUCGACGUUAUGAAAACUCGAAUACAAUCAGUCACUAAAUCUGCCCAAGGCGAUAAAACAUAUAGCGGUGUUUGGGAUGCAUUUAGAGAUAUCCUGAAAAAUGAAGGCAUUACAGCGUUUUUCAAAGGUGGAGCAUGCCGAAUUAUUGUUAUUGCGCCCUUAUAUGCCAUUGUACAAGGAGUCUAUUUUAUGGGAGUAGCAGAAAAGCUUCUCGGUAUUGAAAAAGAUUCAAAAAUUACAAAAAAAUCAUAGAAAUAAAUAACAGAAUAAAAAAUCACUUAAG